UGUUCUAAUUCAUGUUGACAUCCAUUAGACACAACAAAUGAAAGCAAGGGAGAACCAACACCAGCUUCAAAUGCAGCACCUGCAACUCAUGCAGCAGCGCCAUGGCCAGUUACAGCGAAGGGAUCCUAAUCAUCCUCCCAUCGGUGGUCCCAUGAAUUCUGAAGGGAUGAUAGGACAACCAUCUGCCAGCAUGUUGGCAAUGAAAAUGCAUGAAGAACAUAUGAAGCACUCACAAUCUAUGGAUUCAGAAACAUCUCCAGCUCUUAUUGAUGCUAGGAUGGCUCUUCUCAAGUCAGCAAACAAUAACCAAGGCCAAUCAGUACAUGGCAAUUCUGUGGGCGUGUCUGCAGCAUUGCAGCGAAUGCAAGGACGGCCUCAGCUGGUCAAUGACAUUAAAAAGGAAGUUAAUUUAGGGACGUCACAGAAAUCCUUGCCUAUGGAUCCCUCAUCUGUUUAUGGACAAGCAAUUCUUCAAUCAAAAUCUGGGCUUGGCGGUGCGGGUAAUUUCUCUGAACCGCUAACUUUGACUUUACAUUGAUUUCCAUUGCCACUCUUGCCAAUGAAAUAUUCAUGAGACAACUGUUGAGUAAAAUAACUUAAAAGUAUGGGGUGUGGAUUGAUAAUGAUGUGCAUAACAUAGGUUGUAUGCCUAAAACUAUAAUGCAUAUAAAUAUUAAGUACUUCAUAAUCUGUGAAUCUAAUUUCUUUUGGGGGUAACUCUUGGAUGCAGUUAAUCGAAUUGUACUUACUUCUUGGAACAAUUGAAAGUCAUGUGUUCAUAUUGUCCUUGCACCUAUAGUUCUUGUCUUCUCUGUUUCCUGUUUGGGAAAGUGGAAGGAGAUUUUUUGUUCCAGACACAAUGAAUGUUACUUGUGCUUCAUAAAAUUAGAGAAGAUCGAAACAUGUACUCAGUGGCUGUUUGCUUUAAAAGUAGACUGGGAUUUUCUUGGAUGUUGAAUUUUCCUUUUAGUUCUUCCGCAAACCUGGUUUGUUUUAAAUUGAUUACCCAAAUUUUUGGAUCCAACUAAUAUUUAUCAUUUCAAAGUCAAUUUUUGGCUGUGUAUUGUUGGUUUGAGAGUUGUAAUUGAAUAAUGCAAGGUCGAAUGUGCACAGAAUUCUUGCCUAUUUGCUGCCUGAGCAAGACUAGAAGGAAGACUGGAUAAUUUGGAUAAUUGAUGGUUUUGAUUCUAUUGGCGUGUAGUUUUCUCAUUCAAGGCUCAGAAGAGGAUAUAAUUUUCCUGGUCUUCCAGGAAUAAACUAAAGAGUUACUCUGCAGAAUUUCUUAAAAGCACGUCUUCCAAAUAUGGCAUGAAUUCAAAAAUGUUUUUAAGCUUUCCUGAUAGGGAAAGAUAAGAUACUCAUAAUUGUUA